GCUGGAAAAGAAGACGCGGUCUGGGCAACGGCGCUAGUGAUCGCUUUCUUGAAAACAGAGGUCGCUGAUCGUCGGCGGGAAUGGCAACUUAUGUCAAAGAAGGCACGAGAUUGGCUGGCCAUCAGGGUGAAAUCGGAUAUAUCAGUGGAUGAAUUGAUCAAGGAGGCCACCUUUGUGCUUCAGGCCAUUUCAAAAGCUGUGAGGCCGAAUAACUAA